AUGGAAACAGAAGACUCAUCAGGGGUGGACAGGUUAAUAUCCAACACAGGUAUUAAUCACUUGCCAGAUGUUCACAAGAUUCACUCUCUCCAAAAGGUUUUACUAGACAUUCAGGAUAACAUAAACAUUCAUGCAGUUGAAAGAAAUUCUUUCAUGGGGCUGAGUUUUGAAAGCGUGAUUCUACGGCUGAAUAAGAAUGGGAUUCAAGAAAUACACAACUGUGCAUUCAAUGGAACUCAACUAGAUGAGCUGAAUCUAAGCGAUAACAAUAAUUUGGAAGAAAUGCCUAAUGAUGUUUUCCAAGGAGCCUCUGGACCAGUUGUUCUAGAUAUUUCAAGAACAAGGAUCCAUUCCCUGCCUAGCUAUGGCUUAGAAAAUCUUAAGAAACUGAGGGCCAGGUCGACUUACAACUUAAAAAAGCUUCCCAGUCUGGAAAAGCUUGCUGCCCUCAUGGAGGCCAGCCUCACCUAUCCCAGCCACUGCUGUGCCUUUGCAAACUGGAGACGGCAAAUCUCUGAGCUUCAUCCAAUUUGCAACAAGUCUAUUUUAAGGCAAGAAUUUGAUGAUAUGACUCAGGCUAGGGGUCAGAGAGUCUCUCUAGCAGAAGACCAUGAGUCCAGUUAUGGCAAAGGAUUUGACAUGCUGUACAAUGAAUUUGACUAUGACUUAUGCAAUGAAGCGGUUGGUGUGACCUGCUCCCCUAAGCCAGAUGCAUUCAACCCAUGCGAAGAUAUUAUGGGGUACAACAUCCUCAGAGUCUUGAUAUGGUUUAUCAGCAUCCUAGCCAUCACUGGGAACAUCAUAGUGCUGGUGAUCCUGAUUACCAGCCAAUACAAACUCACAGUUCCCCGGUUCCUUAUGUGCAACCUGGCCUUUGCUGAUCUCUGCAUUGGAAUCUACCUGCUGCUCAUAGCAUCAGUUGAUAUCCACACCAAGAGCCAAUACCACAACUAUGCCAUUGACUGGCAAACUGGAGCAGGCUGUGAUGCUGCUGGCUUUUUCACUGUCUUUGCCAGUGAGCUUUCAGUCUACACAUUGACAGCCAUCACCCUGGAAAGAUGGCACACCAUCACCCAUGCCAUGCAGCUGGACUGCAAGGUACAGCUCCGUCAUGCUGCCAGUGUCAUGGUGAUGGGCUGGGUCUUUGCUUUUGCAGCUGCCCUCUUGCCCAUCUUUGGCAUCAGCAGCUACAUGAAAGUGAGCAUCUGCCUGCCCAUGGAUAUUGACAGCUCUUUGUCACAGCUAUACGUCAUGUCCCUCCUUGUGCUCAACGUCCUGGCCUUUGUGGUCAUCUGUGGCUGCUAUUCCCACAUCUACCUCACAGUGAGGAAUCCCAACAUCGUAUCCUCCUCUAGUGACACCAAGAUUGCCAAGCGCAUGGCCAUGCUCAUCUUUACUGACUUCCUCUGCAUGGCACCCAUUUCUUUCUUUGCCAUUUCUGCCUCCCUCAAGGUGCCCCUGAUCACUGUGUCCAAGGCAAAGAUUCUCCUGGUCCUAUUCUACCCCAUCAACUCCUGUGCCAACCCCUUUCUCUAUGCCAUCUUUACCAAAAACUUUCGCAGGGAUUUCUUCAUUCUGCUGAGCAAAUUUGGUUGCUAUGAAAUGCAAGCCCAAAUCUAUAAGACAGAAACCUCAUCUGCUGCCCACAGUUCCCAUCCAAGGAAUGGCCACUGUGCUUCAAGUCCUAGAAUUACCAGUGGCUCCAGAUACAUACUCAUUCCUCUAAGGCAUUUAGCCCAGAACUAA